UCCGGGGCAGCCCGAAGGCUCCGCCCCGAGGAGGGUCGUUUGGGGAGGGCGGCGGGGCGCGGCGGUCGGCCUGGGCUUCCGCCGGGUAGAGCCCCGGGGAGAGGAGUCCGAACCGCGGUCGCGCUCCGCGCCGGGCGCUCUUGCUGCUCCCGCUUUCUUCUUCCCCGCUCCUUCUCGGCGCCGGGAAUUCUCCAGAGUUGUUUUUUUCCCUCCUCUCCUCCUCCUGGUCUAAACUGCCAUCCAAAUUAAUAACCCUCCUGAUAACCUGAUCUCCUGCUCCUCCCUACCCGCCUCCCUCCCGCCUUCGCUCCUUCCUUCCUCCCGGGUCCCACCUCUUGGUUAAACCCGGCAAUUGCCUGGGCCCCGGGGCUCGUCGGAGUCCGGGGUAGGGUGGGGUGCCAGGGGUCGAGGUCUAAGGCGAUGGCUCCCCGGGCUUGAGCUCGUCCCGGGCGCCCAGAACUCGCGCGCUCCCCGCCGCGGCGCCGGUGGCAUCCCUAAGCCCUCUCGUGCCCAAAUUAAAAGUCAGCGGGGAAAACUCGGGCAGACACGACACCCCUCCUCUCCCAGGCCCCUCCCGCCCCAUGUCUUCUGGGGAGGCUGCCUGGUGCGGAGGCAGCGGCAGCGGCCGGAGCCGAGGCAAACUGUGGGUGAGUGCGCCUGCGGGGGAUUUAGCCGUCGACCCUUCGGGCACCGGGGAGGGGCAAGCCGCCGCGCCCCGCCAUCUCCUCCCGCUCCGGCACCGUCCCGGAGACCCCGCAGGGACGGUGGCCGGGCUUCCCGCUGACUGGCGGGGCAGGACGCGCGCCCCCCUCCGCCUCCCGCGCCGGCGGCCACCUGUCUUAGCCGCGCUGACCCUUCUCCCAUGACCCUGCGGUGCCUCGAGCCGUCCGGGAAUGGCGCGGAAGGGACGCGGAGCCAGUGGGGCAGCGCGGGCGCGGCCGAGGAGCCGCCCCCCGAGGCGGCGCGCCUGGCGAAGGCCCUGCGGGAACUCGGGCAAACAGGUUGGUACUGGGGAAGUAUGACUGUUAAUGAAGCCAAAGAGAAAUUAAAAGACGCGCGAGAAGGAACUUUCUUGAUUAGAGAUAGUUCGCAUUCAGACUACCUACUAACAAUAUCUGUUAAAACGUCAGCUGGACCAACUAAUCUGCGGAUCGAGUACCAAGAUGGGAAGUUCAGAUUGGACUCUAUCAUAUGUGUCAAGUCCAAGCUUAAGCAGUUUGACAGUGUGGUUCAUCUGAUUGACUACUAUGUUCAGAUGUGCAAGGAUAAGCGGACAGGCCCAGAAGCCCCCCGGAACGGCACCGUCCACCUUUACCUGACCAAACCACUCUACACGUCUGCACCACCUCUGCAGCAUCUCUGUAGACUGACCAUUAACAAAUGUACCAGCACCAUCUGGGGACUGCCUUUACCAACAAGACUCAAAGAUUACUUGGAAGAAUAUAAAUUCCAGGGAGAAAUGGAGGCUAGAGACAAGCAAGUGCUCCGUUCUUUGCGCCUGGAACUGGGCACAGAGGUCCUGGUGGAAGGAUUGGUUCUUCAGUAUUUGUACCAGGAAGGGGUCUUAACAGAAAGCCAUCUUCAAGAAAUCAGAGCUCAAGCCACAGGCUUUGGGAAAACAAUGCUGCUGCUGGAUAUCCUACCCUCCAGAGGCCCUAAAGCCUUUGACACGUUCCUAGAUUCCCUGCAGGAUUUUCCCUGGGUCCGGGAGAAGCUGGAGAAGGCAAGAGCAGAAACCACAGUUGAGCUGUCUGCAGAUGACCACGUGGCUGGGAUCCCGGCUCAUGUCCUCAACAGCUCCCCAACAGACCGACAGAUUAACCAACUGGCCCAGCGGCUGGGCGAAGAAUGGGAGCCGGUAGUGCUGGCUCUGGGACUGACGCAUACUGACAUCUACCGCUGCAAGGCCAACCAUCCUCACAGUGUGCACGCACAGAUGGUGGAGGCCUUCGUCCGCUGGAGGCAGCGCUACGGCAAGCAGGCCACCUUCCAGAGCCUGCACCGUGGUCUCCGGGCAGUGGAGGCUGACCCCUCAUUGCUCCAGCACAUGCUAGAAUGAUGGUGCCCCUCCUUUCUUCACCUCCUGGGGAACAGGUCCCCAAG